UUUAAUUAUUCUACUUUCAGUGCAGUGCGAUAUAAUUCUCAUGUAAACUGUGUUCUCUUGCUGUAGCUUACCGCUGGGGCUAAGCGGAGCAUCAGUGUGCAAACACCAAACAGUACCAAAACUUAGACCGCAUGCCAUGGACUCCCAAACACACAGGGAGGAAGAAGGGGUGGAACAUCUCUUCCAACGCUUGCAGGAUUCCUCAGAGGAUGCAUCAACGCAUUUCGAUAUUGGUUUGUUCUUAUGGGAAAAAGGAGGAGAAGCGAAGGAAAAAGCUGCUGAACAUUUUAUUCUAUCGGCCAAAUUAAACCCUAAGAGUGGAGAAUCUUUCAAAUAUCUGGGCCAUUAUUAUGGCGGCGUUUCCCUUGAUACUCAGAGAGCUAUCAAGUGUUACCAACGAGCCGUGGUUCUCAAUCCCGAUGAUUCUGAGUCUGGGGAAGCUCUAUGCAAUUUACUUGACCAAGGGGGAAAAGAGAGUUUGGCGGUGGUGGUAUGCGGGGAAGCUUCUGAAAUGUCACCGAGGGCUUUCUGGGCAUUCCGAAGAUUGGGUUUCCUGCAGGUUCAUCAAAAGAAAUGGUGUGAAGCUGUUCAGAGUCUUCAACAUGCCCUACGAGGCUAUCCUACAUGUGCUGAUUUGUGGGAGGCUUUGGGCCUCGCUUAUCAGAGACUGGGCAGGUUUACUGCAGCUGUAAAGUCUUAUGGCCGUGCAAUUGAGUUAGAUGGUACGAUGGUCUUUGCUUUGGUUGAAAGUGGAAAUAUCUCUUUGACUCUUGGUUCAUUUAGCAAGGGGGUUGAACAAUUUCGACAAGCUUUGGAGAUUUCACCACAGUGUGUGCCUGCACAAUAUGGACUUGCUUUGGGGCUGCUUGGUUUGGCCAAAGAUUGCAUUAACCUAGGAGCAUAUCAAUGGGGGGCUUCACUGUUAGAGGAAGCAUCUGGGGUUGCAAGGGAAAGUGCUAAUAUUUUUAGGAAUAUCUCAUGUAUAUGGAAACUACAUGCUGAUAUUCAGCUUGCAUAUGCUAGAUGCUAUCCUUGGAUUGAGGAUGUCCAAGAAUUGGAAUCUAAUAAGGAAGCUUUCAAUGAUUCUAUCAUUUCUUGGAGGAGGACCCGCCUUUUGGCUGCAAGACAUGCAAGGUUUUCAUAUCAACGAGCCUUGCACUUGUCUCCAUGGCAAGCAAACAUCUAUGCUGACAUUGCUGUGACUUCAGAUCUUAUUACAUCAUUGGACACAAAUUACAAGCAAGACAUAAAUGCAUGUUGUUUUAGCAGGCAAUUGGAAGAGAAGAUGUCUAUGGGAGCGUUGCUACUUGAAGGUGACAAUUAUGAAUUCUGGCUGGCAUUGGGAUGUUUGUCUGAUCAUAAUGCACUAAAUCAACAUGCUUUGAUCAGAGGAUUGCAAUUGAAUGUAUCUCUAGCUGUUGCUUGGGGAUAUCUUGGGAAGCUAUAUCGUAAAGCGGGUGAAAAGCAAUUGGCAAGGCAAAUGUUUGAUCGUGCUAGAAGUAUUGAUCCUGGCCUUGCAUUGCCAUGGGCAAGCAUGUCAGUUGAGUCUUCUGUGAGGGAGCCUGAACCAGAUGAGGCAUUUGAGAGCUGUUCACAGGCUGUGCAGAUAAUCCCUUUAGCUGAAUUCCAGCUUGGGCUCACUAAGCUUGCUUUGUUGAGCGGACAUCUCUCAUCUUCACAGGUUUUUGGAGCUAUUCAGCAGGCUGUGCAGCAUUCUCCUCACUAUCCUGAGUCCUAUAAUUUAUAUGGGCUGGUUUGUGAGGCACGAAAUGAUUAUAAGUCUGCUGUUACUUUUUAUAGGUUAGCACGUCAUGCAAUUAACAUUGGCUCAUGGUGUAUUCAAAUCUCACAUAUCAGGGACAUAUCAAUAAAUUUGGCCAGAUCACUUUCUAAGGCAGGGAAUGCUGCUGAUGCUUUGCAGGAAUGUGAAAAUUUGAAGAAAGAAGGGGCACUUGAUGAAGAAGGUUUACAAGUAUAUGCUUUGUCAUUGUGGCAACUUGGUGAAAAUGAUUCGGCUCUCUCUGUAGCUGGAAGUCUUGCUGCAACUCUUUCUUCUAUGCAAAGAACAUCUGUGGCAACAUCCAUUUGUUUCAUUUGUAGAUUAGUAUACUACAUAUGUGGUCUGGAUGCAGUCGUCACUAGGAUUCUGAAAAUGCCAAUGGAGCUAUUUCAAAGUUCAAAAAUUAGUCUUGUUAUGUCAGCUAUCAAUGCUUUUGAUGAAAAAAAUCGUCUUGGAUUUGUUGUCUCAAGUAGACAAUAUUUUCUCAAAUCUCAUGAAGAAAUUGUUGAGAUGCACUUUUUAACAGCACUUAGUAAACUGGUGAAAAAUGAGUCUGAUUGCUGCCUUGACAUUCAGAGUGGAGUUGCUCACCUCAGAAAAGCCCUGCACAUGUUCCCUAACUAUAGUUUGAUAAGGAACCUUCUUGGUUACCUCUUGGUAUCCAGUAAUGAGUUAAACAAUUGUCAUGUGGCAACAAGGUGUUGUAAACUGGACCAUCUUGAUCUUUCUGAUCAAAAAGGUUUGAAAUCAGCUUCUGAUAUUCAUGGUGCUGGAGCAGUUGCUUGCUAUACCACUGGCAACAGCAGUCCAAAGUUUACUUUUCCAACUUGUAUAAAGCAGUGUUCCAAUCAUCCUGGAGCUAUCAGAUACCUACAGAAGUGCUUUCAUCAGAAACCAUGGAAUCAAGAUGCCUGUUACUUGCUUGUUCUGAACUAUCUUCAAAGGGCUCGUGAAGAAAGAUUUCCUCAUCAUCUUUGUGGCAUACUAAAUCGUCUAGCUCAUGUUUCCCUUUCAAAUGAAUUAUAUAGCAGGACAGAAAUGUCGUAUCAAUAUAGAUACUUUCAACUUCUACUUUGUGCUUCUGAGAUCAGUUUACAAUGUGGGAAUCAUAUGACAUGUAUCACCCAUGCCAGAAAGGCUUCUGAACUUGAGCUUCCUGAUAAUUAUUUAUUCUUUGCACAUCUACUAUUGUGCCGUGUGUAUGCCAUGAUAGGUGAUCAUCUAAGUUUUCAGAAAGAAUAUAUAAGUUGUAUGGAUCUCAAAACAGAUUAUCACAUUGGUUGGAUCUGUCUCAAACUUAUGGAAUGUCAUUAUGAACUGGAAAUUGAUUCAAAUGCCAUAGACUUGAACUUUGAAGAAUGUGUUAAAACAAGUGGAAAAUUGUGGAAUAUGUGGAUGGCUGUAUAUAACCUGGUGAGAGGUAUGAUUUCCUUGCAGAAGAGGGAUUUAGUCUCCGCAGAAGAGUUCAUAGCACAGGCUUGUUCAUUAGAAGGUUUUGAGAGCUGCCUCUUUCUAUGUCAUGGUGCCAUCUGUAUGGAGCUUGUCCGGCAGUUUGAUUGUUCUCAGUUCCUAUCACGGGCUGUUAAGAGUCUUACGAAAGUUCAUGAGUUUUCACUUAUUCCCUUGCCUUUUGUCUCGGUAUUGAUAGCUCAAGCAGAAGGAGGCCUUGGUUCUAAGGAGAGGUGGAACAGAAGUCUUGGCCUCGAAUGGUAUAAUUGGCCAUCAGGUUUGGUUUCUACUCUCUCUAUAAAUGAAGCCUGCAGAGCUAUACUUUCAAAUGCAUUUGCUUGCAAGACAGUCGAAAGUUGAUCCAAACGCUGCAUCUAGCAUGGAGUUCUCUGAGACUCCUCAGAGAUGGGUUAUUCGAGCAAUUCACAUUAACCCUUCUUGUAUGCGAUAUUGGAGGGUUCUACAGAAGCUUAUCGAGACUUGAAAUAUGAAGCAACACAUUUCAGGAGCGGGGGUGUCUGGCUAUAUUUCAUUUCUAUUGAAUGUGGGAUGGGAAAUAGCUUAACAAGUUAAAUGGAACCGUUUGAUAGUCCAAUACUUCAUGUACUAAUAAACAUGUUAUAUAUUUCGGGAGCGAGAAAAGGGAGGGGGGGGGGGAGGUAACUAAU